UUGCCAUGCAAUCCAUGGCUUUUCGCUUACGUGGAGCAUGCUAACGUAGAUUAUUCUAUAUUAUUGUAAAAUCGCUGAGACCAAAAAGCUGGGCGCCAGGAGGAGGGAGUCGACGAUGUUGUGCUGGAAACUUCGCGUGCCUUUCAAAUCUCUCGACUUCCUUGUACUUUGGAUUUCUAGGGUUUCUCGGCAAUGCAGCUUCUUGGCUUUUGUUCAUGAGUUCUGGCUGAAGACAAGCAGGAAUAUAAACUUGAUUUUUGAGCUUGAGAAGAUUCACUGAAGGUUGCUUCUUCUCUGUUGCUAAGAAUUGAGUUGCAGGGCUUUUUUUAGCGGAGGCUGGUUCUCUAUUGAUAUUGAGGUUUCUGCGUGAAAGCAUGAUGGAAAGGUCUCUGCUUGCCAUCGUAUUAGAUGGUCAAGCUGCUCGGGGAGAAUCCGUUUUCUACACGAUAAAGUUUGCAGUGCUGCCUAUUGCAAAGGUUUUCACGAUGUGCUCCAUGGGUUUUCUCAUGGCCUCCAAAUAUGUAAACAUUCUUCCUGCAAAUUGCCGUAAGAUCCUUAAUGGGCUUGUCUUCUCUCUUCUACUUCCCUGUCUAAUUUUUUCACAACUUGGUCGAGCAAUUACAUUGCAGAAAUUGCUAGAUUGGUGGUAUAUUCCUGUCAACAUUAUCAUGGGUACAAUUUCAGGUUCUCUGAUUGGCCUCAUUGUUGCAUCUGUCAUUAGACCUCCAUAUCCAUAUUUCAAGUUCACCAUCAUACAUAUUGGUAUAGGAAAUAUUGGGAAUAUACCAUUGGUUUUGAUUGCUGCUUUAUGCCGAGACGAAUCCAAUCCAUUUGGCGACCCUAACAAAUGUCAUGAAUCUGGAAAUGCUUAUAUUUCGUUUGGUCAGUGGGUUGGUGCCAUUAUUUUGUACACGUAUGUAUUUCAGAUGCUUUCUCCACCAUAUGGAGAAACCUUUGAUAGUGGUGAAGAGGAAAAACUUCCGAUCCAGGACCCUGUUACUGAAGAGAAGCUGCCAUGUAAGGCUACUGUCACAAAAGUAGAGAAAAUAUACACUAAGGUUUCUGGUGAAGAUGCCAAACCUGAACAAGUGCCCUUGAUAGAUUCAAAGGAGUUUAAAGCGGGAUUUUCAACAACAGAGAGGGUCAUUUCUAAAAUACUCUUUGUCAUGCAGAAGUUAAAACAGCCACCGAUACUUGCCUCUGUUUUGGCAAUUGUCUGUGGUAUCAUACCAUUUUUAAAGAGCCUAAUCCUGAAAGAUGAUGCGCCCUUCUUUUUUUUCACUGACAGUUGCCUCAUCCUUGGGGAAGCCAUGAUUCCUUGCAUUUUACUCGCUUUGGGUGGUAAUCUUGUUGAUGGUCCGGGUGUCGGAAGUAAAAGGCUUGGUCUCCGCACAAUGGUUUCCAUAGUAUUUGCACGGUUGGUCCUUGUUCCUCCAGCAGGCCUUGCCAUUGUCACUUUCGCGGACAAACUUGGGUUUAUCCCAAAGGGUGACAAAAUGUUUAAAUUCGUUCUCCUGCUGCAGCAUUCUAUGCCCACUUCUGUCCUCUCGGGUGCUGUUGCGAACUUGCGAGGAUGUGGGAAGGAAGCUGCUGCUGUUCUGUUCUGGGUUCAUAUAUUUGCAGUUUUCUCUAUGGCUGGAUGGAUUGUUCUAUAUUUGGCUAUACUAUUUUAGAUUUUGGUAUAGCCUUUGUUCCAAAAUAGAAUUCUCACACACAGAUUCAUUAUGUUGAAAAGAAAAAAAAUCUUUCAGAAUAGUUUAAUUGUAUUUGUCUUUUAAAUUUAGUCAUAUCAUCUAAUAGUUUAGUUUUAUUGA